GCAGGACUGAGCGGAGACCAGCGGCAACAUGAGGCUGAUCUGAGAGUCAAACAUCUCACCUGAACGUCAGCAUGUCAGCUCCUCAUCGUGGUCUUUCCAGGGACUCGAUGAACACAGAGUGAAAGUUUAGUGAAAUAAGGUCUUACAUAAGGUCAAAGAUGAGCUCACCUCAAGAAGUGCUCCUGGGAAUUCUGGAGGAUAUGAGACAUGAAGACUUUGAAAAGUUCAAGUGGUAUUUGUGGCAAGAUGGAGUCCUUGAAGAGUUCACACCAAUCCCAAUGAGUAAACUGGAGACAUCGGACAGGAAAGGCACAGUGGAUGAGAUGCGCCAGGCCUACAGCAAUCAAAUUCUUGACGUCACAGAAAUGGUUUUAGAGAGAAUGAAAAUGAUGGGCAUAUGGGAGAAACACUCCAAAAACAUCUCAGAAACUGGAGGGAAAGAUUGCUCUCAAAUGGUUUGUUUGUCAGCAACAUCUAAGAGGUGUCACAAGAAACUCAAGUCCAACCUGAAGAGGAGGUUCCAAUGUGUGUUUGAGGGAGUCGCGAUACAAGGAAGGCCGACCCUCCUGAACCAGAUCUACACAGAGCUCCACAUCACAGAGGGAGGGGCUGCAGAGGUCAAUCAGGAACAUGAGGUCAGACAGAUUGAAACAGCAUCCACAACAGCAGACAGAGCAGAAACAAGCAUCAGACCAGGAGACAUCUUUAAAGGCCCACCUGGAAGAUCUCAACCAAUCAGAACAGUGCUGACAAAGGGAGUGGCUGGCAUUGGGAAAACAGUCCUGACACAGAAGUUCACUCUGGACUGGGCUGAAGACAAAGACAACCAGGACGUCCACUUCAUAUUUCCAUUCACCUUCAGAGAGCUGAAUGUAGUGAAGGAGGAGAAGUUCAGCUUGGUGGAACUUGUUCAUCACUUCUUCACUGAAACAGAAGAAGCAGGAAUCUGCAGCUUCGAAGAAUUCCAGGUGAUCUUCAUCUUUGAUGGUCUGGAUGAGUGUCGACUCCCUCUGGACUUCCACAAGACUAAGUUCCUGACUGACAUUAGAAAGUCCACUUCAGUGGAUGUUCUGCUGACAAGCCUCAUCAGGGGGAGACUGCUUCCCUCUGCUCGCCUCUGGAUCACCACACGACCUGCAGCAGCCAAUCAGAUCCCUGCUGACUGUGUGGACAUGGUGACAGAGGUCCGAGGGUUCACCGACCCCCAGAAGGAGGAGUACUUCAGGAGGAGGUUCAGAGAGGAGGAGCAGGCCAGCAGGAUCAUCUCCCACAUCAAGACCUCCCGAAGCCUCCACAUCAUGUGCCACAUCCCGGUCUUCUGCUGGAUCACUGCUGAAGUUCUGGAGGAGGAGCUGAAAAGCAGAGAGGGAGGAGAGCUGCCCAAGACCCUGACUGAGGUGUACAUCCGCCACCUGGUGGUCCAGGCUGAAAGAAACAAGGUCAAAUAUGAUGACAAUACUGCCUCACGUGAAACCUGGAGUCCAGAGAGCAAGAAGAUGACAGAGUCUCUGGGAAAACUGGCUUUUGAUCAUCUGGAUGAAGGAAACCUGAUCUUCUAUGACCGUGACCUGAAAAAGUCUGGCAUUGACCUUGAGGUAGCCUUAAAGUAUUCAGGAAUGUUCACAAAGAUCUUUAAAAAGGAGAAAGGCCUCCAGACGUCUGUGUUCUGCUUCAUCCAUCUGAGCCUUCAGGAGUUUCUGGCUGCUCUUCAUGUCCAUCAGACCUUCAUCAACUCUGGAAUCAACCUGAUGAAAAAGAAACCUAAACUCCACCGUCUCCAUCAGACAGCAGUGGACGAGGCCUUGAAGAGUCCAAAUGGACACCUGGACUUGUUCCUCCGCUUCCUCCUGGGUCUUUCACUGGAGACCAAUCAGAGUCCAAUUCAAGAUCUGCUGACACAGACAGGAAGUAGCUCACAGUCCAAUCAGAAAACAGUCCAGUACAUCAAGGAGAAGCUGAGUGAGAGUCUGUCUGCAGAGAGAAGUAUCAAUCUGCUCCACUGUCUGAAUGAACUGAAUGAUGGUUCUCUGGUGGAGGAGAUCCAACAGUCCCUGAGAUCAGGACGUCUCUCCACAGAUGAACUGUCUCCUGCUCAGUGGUCAGCUCUGGUCUUUAUCUUACUGUCAUCAGAAGAAGAUCUGAAGGAGUUUGACCUGAAGAAAUACUCUGCUUCAGAGGAGGCUCUUCUGAAGCUGCUGCCAGUGGUUGAAGCCUCCAGCAAAGCUCUGCUGAGCGGCUGUGGUCUGUCAGAGAGAAGCUGUGGAGCUCUGUCCUCACUUCUCAGCUCUCAGUCCUCCAGUCUGACACAUCUGGACCUGAGUAACAACGACCUGCAGGAUUCAGGAGUGAAGUGUCUGUCUCUUGGACUGGAGAGUCCUCACUGUAAACUGGAAGCUCUCAGUCUGUCAGGGUGUCUGGUCUCAGAGGAAGGCUGUGCUUCUCUGGUCUCAGCUGUGAGAUCCAAGUCCUCCCAUCUGAGAGAGCUGGACCUGAGCUACAACCAUCCAGGAGACUCAGGAGUGAAGGAGCUGUCAGCGGCAGUGGAGGAUCCACACUGCUCACUGGAGACUCUCAGGAGCGACGGAGGCCUCUUUAACCUGGCACGCCUCAAAGCAAAGACUAAGGUACGGAGCGUUCUCAUCAGGGAGCUGCUCUUUGCUGAUGAUGCUGGUCUUGCCGCCCACACUGAGGAAGCGCUCCAGCGUCUCAUAAAUUGCUUUGCUGAUGCCUGCUCUGAGUUUGGCCUCACCAUCAGCCUCAAAAAGACCAAGGUCAUGGGUCAGGAUGUCAGUAGUGCUCCCAGCAUUAACAUCGGCGACCACACCCUUGAGGUAGUGGACAAGUUCACCUACCUCGGUUCGAUCAUCUCCAGUAACCUUUCCCAUGAUGCUGAACUGGACACGCGCAUUGGCAAGGCAUCGACAGUGAUGGCCCGCCUGGCGAAGCGUGUCUGGGACAACUCCAUGCUAACCACCAACACCAAGAUAAAAGUCUACCAGGCCUGCGUACUGAGCACUCUCUUAUACGGCAGCGAAACAUGGACCCUCUACUCCUGUCAGGAACGUCGGCUGAAUGCUUUCCACCAGCGCUGCCUUCGCAGACUACUGGGCAUCAGCUGGCAAGACCGUGUCUCCAAUAUUGACGUCCUGGCCAGAGCAGAAGUUCCCAGUAUGUUUGCCAUCCUGACCCAGAGACGCUUGCGAUGGCUUGGCCACGUCACCCGAAUGAACAACGGCCGCAUCCCAAAAGACCUACUGUACGGGGAACUGGCUACUGGAAACAGGUCAAAGGGACGACCAGCUCUCAGGUUCAAGGAUGUCUGCAAGCGUGACCUUAAAGCUGGAGGCUUCAACCCUUCUGACCUGGAGUCAGCCACGUCCGAACGCUCUGAUUGGCGGACCACCAGCAAGGAUUCGGUGAAAUACGGUGAUCUUGGUGGGGAGAUCGAAGCCGUCGCUCUGAUCUCGCUCGGGUUCUCUGCGUCCAGAAGAACCCUGGGCUAUUGGAGGGAUCCACGUGGAGGAAAAGAGGCGUCCAGUUCUCCGGUCCGGGCCCUCAGUUGGUUCUUGGUCAGCUGCGGGGGGAGGGGAGUCCCUGCCGUUCUGCUCCGCUGGGAAAAAGGGGCUUCACCGGUGAAGGAGGGGAGAUGGUUACGAAAUGUCCUGGCCAGCGGGGUCAGUUCGAGUCAAACAUCUCACCUGAACGUCAGCAUGUCAGCUCCUCAUCGUGGUCUUUCCAGGGACUUGAUGAACACAGAGUGA